CCGUUGUAACCUCUGAUUGGUGGAUUGGUCUGGACAAUAUGAAUGGCAAAGUGUAUUGUUCGACGUCUUCCCAAAGAGCAGCAACUUUGCGGUUCUCCAACUUAAGGCGAGUCCGUUAAAUUGGUUUGUUUGAACGAUUCUGCUUGAAAUUUCAUCGUCAAAGCGCCACAAGUUAAAGAAGACAUGGAGAAGAUUUAGAGAAGUGUUCAAUCUGGUUAAUUUGUCGUCGAACGGAGACAACUGUUGAGCACUAGUGUUGGUGUGUGAGAGAAGAGCCUGCCCUAGAGAUGGGGGACCGGGAGCCUCCAGUGUUUGGGUCCCUGGAGGAAGAGCUGGAGUACUGGAAGGAGCAGGCUGCCAAGCACCAACAGAGUGCAGAGGAAGCUCAGGAGGAAUUGCAGGAGUUCCAGCAGAUGAGUCGGGACUACGAGGUGGAGCUGGAGACGGAGCUGAAGCAGUAUGAGACGCGAAACCGCGAGCUUCUGACUGCCAACAACCGGCUGCGCAUGGAACUGGAAAACUAUAAGGAUAAGUAUGAGACGCAGCACUCUGAGGCCUGUCGGCAGAUCUCCAGCCUGGAGGGAGACCUGGCUGAAACCACUGCCGUCCGAGACCAGCUUCACAAAUACAUCAGAGAGCUGGAGCAGGCCAACGACGACCUGGAGAGGGCCAAGAGGGCGACGAUCAUGUCACUGGAGGACUUCGAGCAGAGGAUGAAUCAGGUCAUAGAGAGGAACGCCUUCCUUGAGAGCGAGCUGGACGAGAAGGAGAACCUGUUAGAGUCCGUCCAGAGACUGAAGGACGAAGCCAGAGACCUGAGGCAGGAGCUCGCCGUGCAGCAAAAACAGCAGGUACAGGAGAGGAAGCCGUCCUUCAGCAGUGCAGCCAAAGAGCCUUCUUCAUCAGCGUCGUCGUCCUCGGCUGGGCUGCCCACCCCUCCUCUCACCCCGUUAGACAAAAGAACAGAAGACAAACCCGCGUCUUCGUCCUCUAACCAGCCCCUUCCCUCCGCCGUCACGCCGCCCAGACCCCCCGCCUCCACAGAGCCCUUCAGCACCCCGCAGCCCCCCGUCAGCAGAGGUGAAAGCCUGUCUGGGACCCCGCUCACCACGUCGGCGAGGAUCUCUGCUUUGAACAUUGUCGGAGAGCUGCUGAGGAAAGUCGGGAGUCUGGAGUCCAGGCUGGCAUCGUGUCGGGAAUAUGUCCAAGAGCAGGCGGUGAAUCGCAGAGCCCACGCUGGUGGACAGGGGGCAGCGGCGGGUCAGAGCAGCUCCUCAGAGAGCCAUCCAACCAACGGCCUCUACAACAAGGGGCUCGUUAAGAGGUUGGAUUUAGGAGCUGGAUCCAAGCUGCUGCUGUGAAAGUAAAAAUGCUGCUGGGCCCGUCGUCUCCGUCCACCCCGGGUCUCCUGAACGUGACACAGGUAUCGCCCUUGUCGCCUCUUCAGGAUACAGACUACCGAAGCUCUGAGGACACGUUACUCCAGACACGUCGGGAUGUUUUUGUUUGUUCGUUAACAGGACUCUUUUCAGCACUCGCACUUGGCUUUGAACUGAUCUACUGGACCCUCUCAGCUCCUUUUGUUUGGAUCUUCUUGUUUUCCCCUCUCCCUCUAAAGUUUUGUUCAGAUUAAACACAAAGUGAGCUUGAGAGACGUCUGAUGGCUGAGCACUGGACGGGCACCUUUAUGCACACACUGGGGGGUAAAACUGCCUUUAAACCUCCCGACAGUCAAGAAGCUUCCACCGUCAGGAGUGUCUCUGAUUUCACACAGAGAGGAGAUGAUGAGCACACGUGGUGGCCUAGAAAGACGAUAUGUUUACACAUUCUUACAGACUGAGCAGAGACUUUGACUACGUUACUUAGGGCUGGGCAAUGUGUCGAUUUGGUAAAUACGUCGAUAUAUUUUCAAAAAAUCCACAUGGUUUACUUCUACGUGUAGCAUGAAUAACGACUUGAAAUGUAACGGUACAUGUUAACUUAAUGUCUGUGGUAGCAGAAAACUUGAGGAGAGGGAAUCAGACUUCGUUAACAAAAACACAUUUUUACCUCGCAGGAAGCCGGAUUUACCCGUCACUUCAGAUCCAAACUGACUGCAGGGUUUCUGCCGCUGUGCUACAACCCUGCCCCAAGCUGCUGGGAUUAAUGGCUUUUCCUAGCAAAACCUCUGUAACCACCUUUAUCAUAGUAACUAAAGCUAAACUAAAAGGGCGGCGUGGCAAGUCAACUACUAAAGGCCCAUCUUGAGCCAGGAAAUACCCCAGAGGUGUUUCCCAAACUUCCAUGCCACCACGUUUAUUAGAACCAACCGAAACCGAAGUCUGCCAGUAACCACCGCCGUGCAGUAACACGAACUAAUGAUGAGCAGCUUCUGCUCUGGCAGGUAAACUUCCUGUUUUUGUGAAUGGAGUCUGGUGGAGCGUUGCAGCUUCUUGUUUUACCACAAAGAGCAACUGUGAAAAGUCUUUGACACAGAGCUUCCACUUAAACCCGCAGUGACUGAACCUCAAACUAGCAGCGUUUAUGUUCAACAGCAGAACGAAAGGUGGACGCAGACUGUUGGUGAGCGGUCACGUGACCGCUCAGGAUGUAAUGUGUAUUAAUGUUUUUGUCUAUAUCGCCCAGCUCUAACAUGACCGAAGAUUUUACUGCUGAGGCAGCAAAGCUCAGAAGAAAUAGUGUUGUUACCUUUGACCUUUUUAUAAGGAAGUCACAGACAGCACGGUCACGGAAAGGUGACGCGCUGUCUGUGACUAUUUUUGAAGGAUCUUGCGACACCAGGUGACCAUUUUGGGAUGUAUCUGUCAAAGGUGUCUAAAUGUGUUUAUAAUGAUUCGUUGAAUGUGAGAAGUUGGCUCCUCUGCAGCUCCAUGUGGCCCUUUGGCCUCGUUCUGUGGUUCACUCUUUGCCUUCUGGUUCUCGGGCAGUUCUCCAUGAAUUUCAUUUUAGUUUGUCAAACUCAGGCUAAAACCUAGAUUGAGGUGGGCCGAACACAGUAAACGGUUUUGUUUGGGUUUAUUAGUGUUAUUGUCUUAAUUAUGGACUUCAGCUCAGUUUGUCAUCAAUAACCUGAUUGUAGAGGAAGGAGGCUUUCUCACAGUUUAAGUUUGUGGCUGUCCGUCCACACGUGGCGUUCAUAAUUCUGUCAUCUACAAUUAUUUCACGAAGACUAACCGAUGGACAUAAUGACUCCGCCCUCCUGGAUUGUAACUGAUAGUCUUUGUUCUCAGUGUAGUGCAGCGUAAACCAGCUUUUCACCACUUUGCUGUUUUUAACUCGCAGUCCGACUGCAGGAUGAAACUUUCUGAAGAAGCAGAAAAUCAGAGCGUUCACACUAAAGAAUCGAAGAAUCGUCAUAUGAAAAAACCACAGUUAUUCAAUCGUGACAGCCAACGAGACGAGGAAGAGUCCAGCCCACAGCUGGAAUAACGUUUCAGUAGCGUAUUUUCAGAGCUUCACAGGAAGUCUUCCUUUUCUCCACGUUCUCCAAGUUAACUUGAGUAAUGCCUCGAGAUUCAAACAGCGACGGGUGUCAGGAGAAUCUCAGCUGAUCGCCUGAAAUAUUUUCACCUCCAUUCAUGUCACCAGCUCAAAAUUUAGUCUCCUUCUUUGGAUAAACUUUGAUUCUUUUUUCCGUGAACGCACCAUAACGCUCAGGUGAAGAAGAUGAACCCGAUAAAACCGGUUUUAUUUCUCUGUGUGGUGGAAACAUUAGGAAAGAUUAGCCGUGGAUAUUCAUCGUUCCUGGAUGAUGAUUGCUAAUGAUUCUGGAGACUUCCCUUCAGACCAAAGUUCAGUUUUAUACUUAAAAUGUUUCACUUAAAUCACCAGCUUGACGUGAAAUUUACAGGUAACAUUAAUGCCUCUAACAGGGUGAAACUUGAUAACUUAUUGUAAAUUCCUGCAUUUAAACAAACAAAAAA